AUGGUUAGUAGUGAUUUCUCUUCCUCCUUCAGUGGCAUUGACUUUGUGCUAUUCAGUCUCGUGCUGGUUAUUUCAUUCCUGAUUGGAUUAUACCAUGGAGUUUGGUCAAAGAACAAGCAACACACGCCCGAGGAAUAUUUCCUCGGAAGCCGAAACAUGGGCGUUCUUCCUGUUACCAUGUCUCUCAUCGUGACCUUUGUAUCUGGAGUCAACAUCAUUGGACUCUCAGUGGAAACUUACGUCUAUGGAACUUACUUGUGGCAUUAUGUCUUCACCAUCUUCAUCAUGCUACUCUUCACAACCUUUAUUUUCCUUCCGAUCUUCCAUGAACUACAACUACCUUCCAGUUUUGCUUACCUAAAACUCCGCUUUGGAAGAUCAGUUCAAUUACUCGCUAGUUUUAUAUAUCUGAUGACAACAACUCUCUACGUUUCGAUCAAUUUGUACGUUCCAGCUCUGGUUUUGGUUCACGUCUUAGGAAUACCCAUUCCAGUGACUGUGGUAGUGUUGGGAAGUGUCUGCAUUUUCUACACAGCCAUCGGCGGUUUUAGUGCUGUGAUAUGGGCUGAUCUGUUCCAGACGAUUCUCCUGGUCGUUUGCUGCGUAGCAAUUUCCUACAUUGGACUUGAUCUUGUCGGAGGAGUUGAUGAUGUGUGGAAAGCAUCCGAACGCGGUGCGCUCAUCAUGUAUGCGUUCUACGAAUCUUGCGAUCCUGUGGCUUCGGGUGUGAUCAGCAAAAGGGACCAACUCUUUUCACUGUUUGUCUUCGAGAUGGCUGAGCAUUUUCCGGGCUUACCAGGACUUUUCAUUGCCGGAGUAUUUGCUGGAACGCUGUCAACAAUGUCGUCGUGUCUCAAUAGUUCAACUGUGUGUUUCUAUGAAGACUUUGUACAGCCGCAUCUUCCUGAAAUGUCUCAGCGCAAAACUUGCAACAUUCUCAAGCUAAUAACUCUGUGCAUAGGGAUAAUUGAAAUAUCAUUAGUCUUCAUAUUGGAAAAGAUAGGAACUGUUUAUACGAUUCUGAUAACAAUCACUGGCUUUACAAGUGGAUCAAUGCUCGGACUCUUCACUUUGGGCAUGUUUAUACCGAGAGCAAAUCAGAAAGGAGCGAUUGCAGGAACAUUGUCUUCCCUCGUUGUUGUCGGAAUUAUCAUAUUUGGUAGCUUCUCCAAGAAACCGGAUCCAAUUCUUCCAAUGCGAACCGAUGGAUGUUUACACAACGUAACGAUUUCUUCGCCCAAAGAUGAUUUUCCAGAAGAGGAUUUGCCAUGGAUAUUUCGCAUAAGUUUCAUGUACUUCGCAACAAUAGGAUUUUUCAUUGUUUAUAUAGUUGGAAUUCCUGUUAGUUUACUGACUAAGCAUAGAGAAGUCAAAGAUCAACGUCUCUUCGCUCCUUUCAUGAGAAAAUCCAAUGAUAUCAAACAUCUCGCAAAUGAUGAAGAAAUGAAACCAUUGUCAGGCUAA